UCAGUUGUACAUUUACUUUCCUGGUUGCCGUACAAUGAAAUACCUGUAUUUAUAAGAGUAACAAAAUAUCUAUCUUGUUAUGGCGACUUCAUCUUUAAAUUGCGGUGUGUGUGAUCUCCGUCAUAUUUCCAAACUUUCUGCGGUCUGGUGUACUGAAUGUGAUGAAGGACUUUGCGCAGAUUGUCAGGAACACCACAGUUUAUCUAAAGGAACUCGAAAUCAUACUAUUAUACCAAUUUCCGAAUAUCAUAAAUUGCCUAGUGAUGUAGUAAAGAUUAGUCAGUUCUGCGACAAGCACAAUGAAAAAUUCAGCAUUUACUGCAAGCUGCAUGAAUGUCCUUGUUGUAGGAACUGUAUUGUAGAAAGUCACAACAAUUGCCAACAAAUUUCGAAAUUAGAAGACGUCAUUAAUAACGUCAAGUCGUCAAAUGCAUUCUAUGAUAUCGAACAGACAUUGAAGGAAGUCGCUGAAAAUAUUGAAAAAAUUCGAGAGGACCGACAAAACAACUUGAAAACUUUACCUGAGUCUCGGAAGCAGAUUGAGAAGGAAAUCCAAAAGACCAGAACAGCAAUCAAUAAUCAUAUCAACAAAAUACAUUCAAAUAUAAUAAAGGAGCUAUAUGCUGCGGAAGAGAAGGAGAGUAAAAAUAUCCGUCAACUGUUGAAUUCUUUAGAGGAAAAACAACAUGAGAUUUCGUUAUUGCAGGGGAGCAUUUCAGAUAUCAAACAGCAUGCGUCGGAUCUUCAGACUUUUUUGUCGAUGAAACGAAUUGAAACGGAAGUCUCUGGCAAAAAUGAAUACCUUAUUUCAAUAUCCAGUAACGAUAAUUUGAGGCAGAUGGUUCUGUCAUUUAAUAUCAACACUGCCAUUCAAAAUCUCAUAUCCGGUAUUCCAAAUUUUGGAACGAUCAUGGUUGAAAGUAAACCAUCCGACAUUGAGCUUACCACGAACAAGCAAAAACAAGCUCAAAUGAUGGUGACAAAAGUACCAUCAAUAUCGUUUGAAAAUAUCAAUCUAAAGUUACAGUGGACCAUUAACACCAAAGAAGACAAAAACACUGUAGGUACAUAUCUGCUACCAGAUGGAAGGAUGGUAUUUUGCAGCAGUCAUUUCUAUGGCGGUGAACAUCCUAAAUUUUAUAAUGGCGACUUCAUCUUUAAAUUGCGGUGUUUGUGAUCUCCGGCAUGCAUCUAUCCCUUCUGUGGUCUGGUGUACUGAAUGUGAUGAAGGACUUUGCGAAGGUUGUCAGGAACACCACAUUUUAUCUAAAGCAUCUCGAAAUCAUGCUGUCAUUCAAAUUUCUGAAUAUCACAAAAUACCUAGUAAUGUAGUUCAAGUUUCUCAGUUUUGUGAAAAGCACAAUGAAAAAUAUAUCAUUUACUGCAAGAAGCAUGAAUGCCCUUGUUGUAGCGACUGCAUUGUACAAAAUCACACUAAAUGCGAUGAAAUCGUAAAACUGGAUGACGUCAUUCAUAACGCCAAAACAUCAAAUGCUUUCUAUGAAUUUGAGCAGACAUUGGCAGAUGUAUCUGCAAAUAUUGAGAAAAUCAGAAAAGACCGACAAAAGAACAUGAAGACAUUAUCUGAGACUCGGAAGCAAAUUGAGAAGGAAAUCCGAGACAUCCGAUCAGCGAUCAAUAAUCAUAUCGACAAAAUACAAGCCGAUCUAAUAAAGGAGCUAUAUGCAUUCGAAGACACGGAGAGUAAGAAAAUCCAUCAACUGUUACAUUCUUUGGAGGAAAAACAAGGAGAGAUUGCAAUAUUACAGGAGAACCUAUCCGAUAUCAAACAACAUGCUUCGGAUCUUCAGACUUUUUUGUCAAUGUCACGAAUUGAAAAGGAGGUUUCUGGCAAAGAUGAUUACCUCAGGUCAAUAUCCGGUAACGAGAAUUUGAAAACGAUGGUUCUGUCAUUGGAUAUCAACACUGCAAUGCAAAAUAUCAUUUCCGAUAUCCAAACUUUCGGAAAGAUCAUGGUUGAAAGUAAACCGUCCGACCUUGACCUUACCGCGAACAAGCAAAACCAAGCUCAAAUGAUGGUGACAAAAGUACCAUCCAAACGGUUUGAAAAUAUCAAUCUAAAAUUACAACAGACCAUUAAUACAAAGAAAUCUGAAGACACUGUUGGUACAUGUUUGCUUCCAGAUGGAAGGAUUGUAUUUUCCAGCAGUUCGUUAUUCACUGGUACUGUUAUCGUGCUGAACGCAAAUGGAUCGCUGAGUUUUGAAAUAGAAUUUGACUUAUCACCCUUUGAUGUGGUAUUCAUAACAGAAAGCAAUACUUUGGCUGUAUCAUCUGGUGGUUCUGGUUCCAAGUGCAUUUCUAUAAUUGACAUGCAUAUCCAAAAAGUCACGAAAACUAUUUUUGUAAAUGGGUGGAUAUAUGGAAUAACAUGUAGGGGACCCAAAUUAGUUUAUUCUGGAAGUGAAAAUGGAAUUCGAAUGAUCAAUCCAAAUGACGAGACCAUUAUUGAAAUUGUCGGAGAUGAAAUGCCGUAUUACUGCUACGUUUCAACAUUUGCCAACAAGCUUUAUCAUACAAAUCCAGACAAAAACACCGUAACAUGUUAUGAUCUACAAGGUAAAAUACAUUGGAUAUUUCAAAAUGAAAGCGUUUUGCAAACCCCACAAGGUAUCGCUGUAGAUAAUGAUGGUAAUCUGUACGUAGUAGGACGUAAAUCAAACAAUGUCAUAAUAAUAUCUACCGAUGGACAACGACACCGACAACUGUUAUCUAGAAAUGAUGGCCUCUCUAAUCCACGUUCGAUUCAUAUCAGUAGGGAAAGGAAUGUGCUACUAGUUGUGAAUAACAAAGAUAAGGCAUUUUUAUAUUCUGUAAAAUAACACACUUCUCAAUUAUAU